AUGCAUGUGCACUCAGAGCCCAUCCCUCUUUCUAGACCACAUUUCAGGUACUGGGACACUGGAUUACACCACUCAGAUGGUCCAAACCAGCUUCUAGAACCUGAAAUGGCCACUUCAGAGAGUAAAUUUCCUCACCAGUGGGCCUGGGGCAAAGGGCAGCUGUUUGGAGGGGAGAGAGGUGUGGAUGGGAUACGGAUGCACAGGAGUCCCUUGGAGGAAGGGACAGGGCAGGCGCAAGCAGGCUGGGCGCUGGUGUCCUCACGCCUGCUUCAACCAAGCAGCGCCAUGUUUCUUUACAUUUUGUUAGUCCAGUUGGCGGCUUCGGCAGCGAGGGCCGCAAUGGCACUGCAAACGAAUAUCGCCCGCCCAGUUGCGUUUGUCAGAAAAAUCCCCUGGACUGCGACCUCGAGUGAGCUGAGAGAACACUUUGCACAAUUUGGCCUUGUACGAAAGUGCACUGUUAAAGAGACUGGCUUUCACAGAGGUAUGGGCUGGAUUCAAUUUUCUUCAGAAGAACUUCACAAUGCACUACAACAAGAAAAUCAUGUUAUUGGUGGAGUAAAGCUCCAUGUUCAAGCUCAAAAACCCAAAACUUUGCAAGGGUAUCAAACAUCUGAUGAAGAGAAAGAUUUUUGAGGCCAUCA